CCAGAUGAUAAAGGUGAAUUGGAGGCUUCUCCUAUUAUUACCACUACUACUCACCACAUUUUUAAUAUUCAAAUUUGCCACAUUGGAUGGUGAUAAUAAUCCCGAAAUUGCAAAUAUUGGUGGCGAAAAAUCAAUUAUUGGAGGUAUCGGGAAACCGAAGAGUUUGGUGGAUCAGGUCCAAGAAGAGGGUGGAGCUUCAAGUGAAUCCAAAUGCUACUACGACAAUCAGUGCACCCUACCGCAAAUGCUCUUCCGAGUACGCAGCGAAACGGAUAGUCAGCCUCCAUUUGCGUGUCUCAACGAUAUUAAGCUAUUCGACACGGAUAACAUUGGCCGCGGAAUAAAUGCGGCCAUUUUGAACGGAACAACCGGUGAUAUCAUCGAAAAAGCCACGUUUGACGUCACGGCGUCCGAUGAGAAAUUGAUGACGUGGCUUUUAAAAGUGCCCCACGCCUCGCUGCUCGUUGCCGCCUCAUUUGGUGACGUGGCAGAGCACGUCUCCCGACAAUCCCGCCAAUUGUUCGCCGCUUUCGGAGCUCAAAAAAUCGAUAAUUGGAGGGUGGGAAACGCCUACGCAAUUAUCGGACAACGUGGAAUCCGCCGGGGAGAAGCCCACGAAACUGUCGCCAAGUUUUUGGAAGAAAACACGCAGCAAAAGCUCUUUGAAGGGUGUUUUGAUCUACCGAUUGCUGAAAUUGGUGGAGAAGUUGAACUGAAAAUCGAUGGGCCGCCGGUGCAUAGAGCCGACGAAUCAAAGCUCGCGGAGCUCGGAGCAUUCGAGGCGGACUUGCUCCAACAAAACAAGGACGUCGAGUAUGGCGGAAAAUGGAAGAAUUGCGGAAUGGACCGCCCGUGUAACGAGGCCGACACAAUUCCCGUCCACUUUUUCUCCGGCGAGCACAAGGAUGAUCAUCCGAAAAUGUGCAUUGGUGGGCGGAUGCUUUUUGAUAAAGACCUCAACUCUGCCGGCCGUGGGCUUAACCUGGCGAUGUUGGAGCCUAAAACUGGGAAAGUUACUGCAGUUGCACAUUUUGACACUUAUGAGGAUGAAUCCCACGGCUUGGAAGAAUGGCUUGACGCGGUGCCGACCGGCUACAUUGUAGCCGUUGUGAGCUUCGACGAGGCCUCUAAUCAGCUGUCAGAUAUGGCUCGGCGCAUCUUUUACGAGAUGGGCUCCAGUAUGAUCGAUCGGCUCAAAUUCCGAGCUUCGUGGUAUUUCGUCGGACAGAAGGGCAUCGGCGCCUACACACCGUUUGAAGACCUGAAUAUUCCACAGGGAAAUAACUGGGCAAAUCCGAUUCAUACCUCAUUUUGUUUGCCGAAAUCUUUGCACAAAUGGGCGGGCCGCCGGGACACAUCAUCAUCGAUGACGUCAUCAGCUUCAAAUGACGUCAGAAAUUUGCCGAAACGACAUUUCUGCGCAAAAUAUGACCGACAUGAAGAGUUUUGUGGUGCCGCCAACCUUGACUCUCCAAUAAUGCCACGUCACCUCAGCGACGAACAACGCUCGUCGGACGCGAUUUUCAACGUACCGAUCCUUGUCGCGUCGGGUUUGGCACCGGAUUCUUUGAGAAUUACACUGGAAUCAUUGCUUAAUCAGGAGGGUCUGAAUACCCAAAUGGUUCUAGUCACUUAUGAUAAGGAAUACUCGGAAAAUGCGGAUUUGGUGUCGCUUUUUCAUGUGAAAAGUGUGGCGAUUCAGUCGAAUGGCAGUUAUAAUGCCCAUCUUCUGUUGUCGCUGUCGAAUGCUUUUUCCAUUUUUCCGGAUGCCUCUUCGGUGUUGGUUAUUGAAGAAGACGUGACACUAUCAACCGAUUGGCUUCACUAUUUCUCAUCAAUUUAUGAGCCGUACAAGGCGGAUUCCACUGUGGACUUGGCGCUGGCUUUUAACUCAAAUGGCUUCAUCGACACUUCUGGCGAUGGUCAAACGGUGUAUCGCAUCAAAAAUCAUCUUCCAAUUGGAUCGUAUUUAAUGAAGAGAGAUUUGUACGAAAAACAUAUUCGGUUGAGAGAAUUCUGCUGUACGGAACGUGGCAAUUGGGAUCUCCGUGAAUCGAUUUCUCUAGUGCCGGCAAUGUCACGUAUUGAAAUUCAAGUUGACGAGCUGGAAAAGAAAAAUGUUCUUUUUCGGCGGAAUCGCACCGCGACACAACAAAACUACCUAAUCAAUACGGAAUUCGAGACUUCUGAAGAAUAUUUGACACAUUUGAACCAACUUGUUCAGAAUACGAAAAAAUCGAUACCGAUCACCGAAAUCCAAUCGAUUGGAUGCGAAGCGUGGGCAGAUCAACUGGAUCGGCAACUAAAAUCGAUAUUAUUAACAUAUUCUGCAAAAUCAGAAGUCGAAUCGAUUUUCGAGUGUUGGAAAAUGUAUUGGACACCGAAAAUUCUCAGAAGUAACCGCGUCUUUAGAUUCUCCCUUCAUCAAGCCAUCGAGGUCAUCAUUGUUGCCGAUAAUCUUAAAAUUAAAUGAUUUAUCGAUUUUCUGUUUGUAAAUUUUUCGAAUUUUCCGUGUUUGUGUGAUUGAUUUUCCCCCCAUAUUUAAGAUACUGGUAUAUUAUACAUAAUUGUUUCAGUUUUAAAAUAAAAACAUUUCUUGCCACUUU